AUGUCGUCGCCUCCAGGAAAUGAUGGGCUGCCGUCGUCUCCCAAUCAGGGGCUGUUUGUUGAUUCCUCGCCUCCUUUGAACCACCUGCCUUCUAGUCCCGCUGUUCUCGAUACUGACGAUAUGUCGACCCCUGGAGCUCCUGGCUCGUCUCCACCCGGGGUUUCCUCACCUCGCAGGCCUGACAGUAGUCCUGCUGCGCCUGGAUCUGCUGCAGGUAUGCCGAACUCCUCUCCGUUGCACUACUCGUCGUCGCCAGCGGCAUUGUCUGCUUCUAGCCCUAUGGCGCUUUCGUCUCAAAUCAACAUGGACCUGAAUAGCCACAGACGCCAUAAUAUGUCAAGCCGGCGGGGUGAUAUCUGGUCAGAUACACGGUAUUCAGACGCAGACCGCAAUAUUUUGACAAUGUCUGCUGCUGGAGGCUCUGAGCUGGGUUCCGCACCAGUCAGAGUUAUUUGGGGCACAAACGUAUCUAUUCAGGAGAGUAUGGACACGUUCAGAUACUUUUUGAACAACUUCAAGUCCAAAUAUGCCAGUAUUUUUGAUGGAGACACUGUUGAUAUUGGCGAGGGCGAGGACCUUGUCUAUGUUGAUAUGCUGAAUGAUAUGCGGCACUUGGGCACGACAAAUCUAAAUUUUAACGCACGGAACUUACUGGCGUACCCGAAAACGCAGAAAUUAUACUACCAGCUCAUUAAUUACCCCCAUGAAGUGAUUCCUAUCAUGGAUCAAACCGUGAAAGACUGCAUGGUCGCUAUCGCGAGUGGAGAUGCUAGCGGCAACCCCCAAGAGCUUGACGAUAUUGAAAUGAAGACAUACAAAGUUCGUCCCUUUGGCUUAGACGCUCGUAAAGGUCUUCGAGAGCUCAAUCCUAGUGAUAUUGACAAGCUUGUUACUAUCAAGGGCUUGGUUUUGCGGGCAACACCAGUGAUCCCUGAUAUGCAAGAGGCCUUUUUCCGCUGUGCGGUUUGCAACCACACAGUUGUAGUUGAAAUUGACCGUGGUACUAUAACAGAGCCGACUCGUUGUCCACGAGCUGUAUGUGGUCAGAUCAACUCGAUGCAGCUGGUUCAUAACAGAUGCCGUUUCAACGACAAGCAAGUGAUAAGGCUCCAGGAAACUCCUGACGUUAUUCCUGAUGGUCAGACUCCGCACAGUGUGUCCAUUUGUGUUUACGAUGAGUUGGUAGAUUACUGCAAAGCGGGUGAUCGCGUCCAGGUCACGGGCGUUUACCGGUCGGUGCCGGUUCGCGUGAAUCCUUUGCAAAGGGCGAUGAAGAACUUGUUCAAGACCUAUGUCGAUGUUGUACACGUACAAAAAAUUGACACGAGACGUCUUGGUGCCGAUGUUUCUACGUCUCUCGAGCAUCAAAUUGGAACAGAACAAGUUAGGCAGCAAGCGGAUCUCCAAGAGCUCCGAAUCUUGACCGAGGAGGAUAUUGCUAAAAUCCAGGAAACAUCAAAGCGAACUGAUGUUUAUGACUUGCUUUCUCGCUCUUUGGCGCCAUCGAUUUUUGAGCAAGAUGACGUCAAAAAGGGCAUUCUUUUACAACUGUUUGGUGGAACCAACAAAACGUUUGAGAAAGGCGGGUCGCCCCGUUAUCGAGGUGACAUUAAUGUUUUACUAUGUGGUGACCCUUCUACGUCAAAAUCUCAGAUGUUGCAGUAUGUUCACAAGAUCGCACCUCGAGGAAUUUAUACAUCUGGUAAAGGCUCUUCAGCAGUGGGUCUUACUGCCUAUGUUACAAGAGAUACUGAUACGAAGCAGAUAGUGCUAGAGUCAGGUGCUUUGGUUUUGUCUGAUGGCGGUGUAUGCUGUAUCGAUGAGUUCGAUAAAAUGUCAGACUCGACACGAUCCGUUCUCCAUGAGGUCAUGGAACAACAGACAGUGAGUAUUGCCAAGGCAGGUAUUAUCACAACCCUCAAUGCUCGCACGUCGAUUCUUGCUUCGGCCAAUCCCAUCAAUUCCAAAUACGACGUCAACUUGCCCGUUCCACAAAAUAUCGAUCUGCCGCCAACGUUGCUUUCGCGGUUUGACCUGGUUUAUUUAAUGAUCGACAAAGUUGAUGUCCAGGCCGAUCGCCGGCUGGCCCAACACCUCACAGAUAUGUACUUGGAAGACCGACCAGAAAACGCAUCAAGAGAAGAGAUUCUCCCCGUCGAAUUCUUGACCAUGUACAUUUCUUAUGCGAAGCAGAAUGUUCAACCGCAAAUCACCCCCGAGGCCAAGGAAUUGCUUGUGAAAAGCUACGUCCAGAUGCGCAAGCUCGGUAGUGAUGCCAGUACGGCCGAUAAGCGUAUUACAGCCACCACGCGUCAACUGGAGAGCAUGAUCCGCCUGUCAGAGGCCCAUGCAAAGAUGCGGCUCUCUGAAACGGUUAGUGCUGACGAUGUGGCCGAGGCAGUGCGACUCAUCAAGAGUGCUAUUAAACAAUCGGCUACCGACCCCAAUACCGGAACAAUUGACAUGGACUUGGUGCAAACCGGACGGUCUAGUGCUCAAAGAGAGAUGCAGCAGGCAUUCAAAACUGAGAUUAUGCGUCUACUGGAAAAUGCAGAAGGAAUACAUUAUGACGAGCUUAUCCGCAAGGUCGUUGAUCUGAGCACGGAUCGCGUCGACACAAACGAGAUUGUUGGUGCUCUGAGAGCACUCGCCCAAGAAGGCCAAAUCAUAAUCCAAACAGGGCCUCGUCGUAUCGUCCGAAAGGCCUUUAUCUAA